AAGAGCCAUCAAACUUACAUCUGGUUAUUUGAUAUUCAACAGCUGCUAUGCAACCAGAUGUAUUUUUUACUGAAAUUACACUUUUUCUUCGGGGAUUUAAUGAAACAUGUGGUCUGCCUGAAGGAAUGCUGUAUGAGGGUGUGACUGAUCGACCAAGGAGAAUCGUGAUCAAUUCUGCUGCUUCUCAAACUACCAUGUUUCAAAUUAUUGACAGCUUGCUUAGAACCACCUACCCUCCAGGCAAAGAAAAUUUCUUCCAUGUGUUGAGGUCAACAUGGUCAGCUAAACAUAGAGAACUUUUCAACAAGAUCAAAAACUGGCCUGGCAAUUUAAAGGACAUUGUCAUACAGAGUUCAAAUCCAGAACUGACACUUGCGUACAAUGAAGUUGUUGAAUCUGUCAAACAAUUUAGGAAUUACCAUCUUCAGCUUGUGACCAAAUUUACUGUGAUACCCAACAAGAGAGUGAGGAAUGAACACAACGCUGAAGGUCCUGAUCCAUUUGCUUAUUUAAUGCCCUUGUUAAAAGGUAUCAGAGAUGAGUCAGCUAAAAGUGUUGUUGAAAGCUGAAGAUAAAACUUUCAAACACUGAAAUUAAAGUCAGUCUGCAAGGAAUUUUGUUGUGACAUGCAAUUAUUUUUUAUUUCUAUUAUGUUUAGCGAUCUGUGAAAAUUAAUUUUAUGAUGUUCAAGCAAUUAUGUACAUUGAAAAAAUGAUUUAUAAGACUCAGAACUUUUAAUAACACCUAAUAGUGGUUUGAAAUUAAUCCACAAAAAGGGCUUUACCCUCUGUUGUUGUAUUCAAUAUUGGAACAAAAUGAACCAUACAAAUGUAUACAGCUCAGAAAACAGAACAGAGUGAAAAACUGCAGGCCAAUAUGUCCUCAAUAGUUCUACUGGAUGUUACUUUUUAUAAGCUGUAAUAUAGGUCUAUUAAGAUUUGUAUAUUUGCAUGUUUUAAAAUUUUUAACUAUACAUUAUAUAACAUUCUAUUUUUUUAAUGAAAUAAACUUUUUAUCUG